AUGAAAUCACAAAGUUCACUAGAUUCAAAGCAUAAAAUAAAGGAAACCCAUGGACAUCAUGCGAAGAAAGUACCAAGUAAAACCAAACAUUGGAAGCCUAAACAUUCUAUUGAAACUAAGUACCAUCUGGGUGUAAGAAAUAUUAGGACAGACGACAUAAUUACUAAAGAUGAGGGCUUAUCCCAUAAAAAAUCAAUCAUAUGCUCAUCAUAUGGUAUUUACGUACACACCAACUGGUUGGAACCUCACAUACUUUAUCUGUUUGCAGUGGAUUGCAAAUGUAUAAAAAUUAUUGGUCACUUGGAAAGCGUGGAUUGGCAGCAAUAUCCACGAGACUAUCGUCCAAGUCCUGGCCAGCUUGCACUCGGUGACUGGACAUUGAACAAUUUCAUCUGGAUGAAUUAUGUGCAAAAAACUGACGGCUUGAUAAUCGAUGAUGAUGUUCUCUUGAGUAAAGAUACAGCAUUCUGGGACAUUGAACAAGCGCAGAGAUAUUUUCAAGCUAGUUUGCAUUGUGAGCAAGUGAUCCUGGCCUUUCAAUAUCCAUACCCUAGGCUGCCCACACCCCUAGGCAAUUAUUUAUGGAGAGCUAAUGUCGCAACAAAAGUUGAAUCUAAUAUCUAUCGAGCUGAAGUGCAUUGCGCGAUCGAAAUAACGCUAAAGAAAAUGGAAGUAGAGAGAGCCCAGAUGGACCGGAUUAUAAUAUCCGGUUGCUACGUCAAACUUGUGCGCCUUGAUUACUUCAGAAGGAAAACAUUUUUCAGACUCCUGUGUAACAUAAUCAGUUUCCAGGAUGACCUUCAACUUGUUUCUUUCGAAAAUUUACGCUGCAGCAGGCUCGAAGGUGUGCGGCUAAUACAACAACUGGCUUGUUUCAACGCACAUACAUUGAAAUAUUUGUUCCUAUGGAGAUUCGUUAUGCCAAAUGAAAACCCUAUCCUUAUUAACUACUCGUAUUUGACCGGUAGUGGUCAGUAUAUACCCAGGCCGGACACAAGAAACACCUUUGUCCGCAGUCUUGGAGAGUUGACAAACUUACGAGUUCUAGCUCUAGAAUAUGCACACAUAGCCGAUGAUACUGGAGCAGCACUAUUGUCUCUGUUACCGGUGAUUAAGAGGCCACAUUUCCGAUUGCAGUUAAUUUGCAGAGAAGAUGCGAUCCCCGGCCGGGCAGACACCUCUCUCGGAGGUGGAGGGCACGGCAUUCCUGAUACCGCCUGGAGACGUAUUGCCAUUGCCUGUCCUGACAUCUACUUAUUCAUGGCGUUCUUUUGUAUUCGUGACUACGACAAUGUCAGACGGUUUUUGACGCCCAGUAUUCCACUCCGUGAAGUGCACUUACAGUUUGGCAUCGAUAUGUACAAAGUGCAGAGGCAGGAUUCCGACAUAAGCUGCUUCGUUCGGCACAUAGCAUAUCGCUACGCUAACAAUUUAGUAACUUUAAGUAUACAUCAAUGGAGAUUUGCAGUGUUCCCGUUGCGGCGUAUUUUAGAAUUAAUGCCGAGGAUUGUGCGUUUUUUCUACAUCGGCAAAGUUGAAGACGAAGUUGAUUUAAAAAGAUUAUUUAACUUAAUAGCCUGUGGAGUUUGUAAAAAUUUAAAACAAGUACAAAUACAAAUACAGGACGAUGAAGACAAAAGUUCUUAUUGGAAAGACGUUGUUGAAUCUUUGACGGAGGAGUUUGCAGACAUCAUGGAAUUAUAUGACAUAAAACUAUGCUUAAGCAUCUAUAAGAGUUGAUACAAACGCUAUUGCACAUUUGGGACAGGUACAAGUACAACCAAUAAAUGACAACACUUUUGAAAGCUACUUUUUUAUUAAUGGAGUGUACAAUUUUGUGUCCCCGCUUAAAUCUAGCCAAUGUUCUAGUAAAAAAUUAAAUGUGACGUCUGCAUUGUCUAUUUGUUAUAUUUAGGUAACAACGCCCGGCAGUAUAAGUCUAUCACACCUAACAUACUUAUAAUCUUUUAUGCAAAUAUAGGUACAUUUUAUUAUACAAUACAUAUUACUUCUAAUGUAUAGGUAAUAUACAAAUCCAACUUACGUACCUAACAAUUUUUAAACAAAAAUAUGUGUAUAAAGGUAGUUAAAUUUUUGUUGACUUCUAUGGAAGUGAUGUUUACAUACGUGCAUUAGCUACUCAUAAUCAGGUACCAAUGAAAAGAAACGCUUUAUCAAGAUCAUGCCAAGGUAUUUUUUACUUGUCAGAUUCUCGAGACCAAUUCCUGUAUUGGCAAAUUCAAAAUCAUUUUCAAUGCCUACAGCACGGUUACAAAUCUGAACAUAGGUGCAGGUACGUACUUAUAUGAUUUAGUUUCACAACAGAUCAUUAAAUAGGUACAUUCGUUCUGUUCGAAAUAUCCAUUUCAAUUGGACACUCAAGUAGAUACAACCCGAUGAUAUUGAUAAAGUACCUUUUUAAAACGUUGAGAAGUUUUAAGCAAAGACAGCAAUGACAUAGAUAAGCAAAUAUCUAGUAAAAAGUUGCAAUCCGGAAAUACACAUUUGUUACAUAUGUAUAGGUAUGCAGAGAUGUAGCAUGUAUGAAAAAAGCACAUCAUUCUUUCCAAAAAUCCUAUCAAAUGAAAGUUGUACGUUAUGUACAUAAAUAUAGUUAUUGUAAAUAUUUUUAUCACUAUUUAUUAUUGCUAGGUUUCCAUAAAAUCUUUUUUAUCUGAUAAAUACGAUAACUGAAAAACUUCAACAAGUCAUUAUUUUGAUAAGGUAGGUAAGGUAGGUAGGUACUAGUACCUGAAAUAAAACCAGACACUUAGGUAGUUAACUUAAUAUCUAGGUUUUAUUUCUGGUGGCUUUUAUUUAAUAGUAAGCAUUGUAAGGAAGACAUUAAAUAUUUAAGUACAUAUUGUAUAGAAAGUAGGGACACAUAUUCAGAAAAACAUUUUAACUUGACAACCAACAUUACAGUAAGUACUAAAUAGUCGUUGUUAAAAUCUAUAUGAAAUAAUAAUAAAUAUAACAAACACCUAAUUAAGUAAAUAUUUAGAUGGUGGUAAACAAUUAGCUUUAGAAUAAUUAACUUUCGCCACGUGUCGAUUACUCGCCUUAUAACAAAUUCGUUAUGAAACACAUUAGUUCUGUAAACUUGCAUUUGUUGACAAUAUUCUAAGUGCCUAUUUUAGUAAAAAUAUUAAUGCGUUUUAAGGCAGCAAGCCCUCAUUAACGAAUAUCCUAAAUAUCUCGUUAUAAGGUUAUUAUUCCUGUAAAACUUACGAUUAAUGCCACAUAACAUUAGUAGUAAGAAUCCCUAAGGAAUUCAUGCGCCUACUUAGAAUAAAAUGGAAAUUGUUUUCCUAAGUCACUUCAAUUUUGUAGAGAAUGUGUUGUAACUGUAAGUUGGUCUUAAAUAACAACACCUAAGUCUUGACAUAAAGCGCCUCUAUCCAAAUAUGGAAACAUUUUAAUUUUAUGUUUUUUUGCAGAGAAACCUAAAUAUAUUUAGUAAAUAAAAAGGCCUGGAUCCAAAUACCUACAUAGAAAUUAAUUUAAACAUGUUGAAAACCUCGGAUUAUUGCUAACUAGCUUUUACCCGCGGCUUCGCUCGCGUCACAUGAGGAUAAAAAGUAGCCUAUGUGACAUAUACCAAUACA